AUGGCUCUGCUCUCCUACCUACUCACUCUGGUGGGGAACAUCUCCAUCAUCCUCUUCUCCCUGGUACACUCCAGACUCCAGACACCCAUGUACUUCUUCCUGGACAACCUUGCUCUGCUGGACCUCAGUGUAACCUGUGCCAUUAUGCCCCACCUGCUGGCCAACCUGUGGGGCCCAGACAAGACCACUGAAGCCUGGGGAUGCAUCCUACAAGUCUAUAUUUUCAGCUUGGCAGCCUGCACUGAAUGCAUCCUACUGGCCAUGAUGGCCAUUGAUCGCUAUUUGGCCAUCUGCCAGCCACUCCAGUACACUCUCAUCAUGCAUCCCUGGGUGUGUGUGCAGAUGGCAGCUGCCUCCUGGUCAAGUGGCCUGGCCAAUUCUGUGCUCCCAACAACACUCACCCUCCAGCUCCUCCUCUGUGGGCAGCACAUCCUGGACAACAUCUAUAAGGUGCCUGUGGUCAACAAGCUGGUCUGUAGGGAUACCUCUGCUAAUGAGCUGAAGAGGGGUGGUUCUUUUACUGGUGGUCAUUUUUCCACCUUCAUUGUCAGGGCUGCACUGAAGCUACCUUCAGCUGAAGGAAGACACAAGGCACUUAGCACCUGCAGUUACAACUUGGUGGUUGUCACCCUGUACUUUGGUCCUGCCAUCUAA